GUGUUAUCGGCUGCGGCAGCAGCUGGAGUGUCGGUGGCCUUCGGAGCGCCCAUCGGAGGAGUUCUGUUCAGCCUGGAGGAGGUCAGUUACUAUUUCCCCCUGAAGACUCUGUGGCGUUCGUUUUUCGCCGCCCUGGUCGCCGCCUUCACGCUGCGCUCCAUCAACCCGUUUGGCAACAGCCGCCUGGUGCUGUUCUAUGUGGAGUAUCACACGCCGUGGUACAUGGCCGAGCUGGUGCCGUUCAUCCUCCUGGGCGUGUUCGGCGGCCUCUGGGGGACCCUCUUCAUCCGGGCCAACAUCGCCUGGUGCCGGCGGAGGAAGACCACCCAGCUGGGCAAGUACCCUGUCCUGGAGGUCAUCGCCGUGACGGGUAUCACUGCCGUGCUGGCGUUUCCCAACCCGUACACCCGCCGCAGCACCAGCGAGCUCAUCUCAGAGCUCUUCAACGACUGCGGCGCGCUGGAGUCGUCGCAGCUCUGCGAUUACAUCAAUAACCCCAACAUGAGUCGGCCCGUGGACGACAUCCCUGACCGCCCGGCGGGGCCCGGGGUCUACAACGCCCUGUGGCAGCUCGCCCUCGCGCUCAUCUUCAAGAUCGUCAUCACCAUCUUCACCUUCGGCAUGAAGAUCCCGUCAGGUCUCUUCAUCCCCAGCAUGGCGGUCGGAGCCAUCGCCGGGCGCAUCGUCGGGAUCGCCGUGGAGCAGAUGGCGUACCAUCACCACGACUGGAUCAUCUUCAAGAACUGGUGCCGGCCCGGCGCAGACUGCGUCACACCGGGACUGUACGCCAUGGUGGGCGCCGCCGCCUGUCUGGGUGAGUUGACACAGCUCUGA